GGUGGCUGCUGGGCGGGAGCGCCGCAGGUCGCGGGGCCCAAGCCGGGGGAAGCUAGCGAGCAGAGGCGCGGAGGAGCCGUUUCACUCGCUGGGGGGACCUAUGAGUCGAAGCCGUGUAAAUGCGUUUUAAGCAGGGGCCUCGGCUCCGCAGCUGCCACUCCUCCUCGGGGUGCUGCACAAGUUUCGAGGUCACCGGCGACCCCCCCUAGCAGCGCGCCUGACUCUGGCCCCCGCGAAGGAGCACGGGGCUUGUGUGUUGCAUAUUUUCUAAGGCGCCGGAGGCAGCGGCAGCUCCAUCCAGCCCAUCGGCUCCUCCUCGGCAUGGCUGGCUGCCUGAGUGAAGCGGACUUCGUGAUGGUGGAGGAGGGCUUCAGCACCCGAGACCUGCUGGAGCAGCUCACUCUGGGGGCCUCACAGGCCACCACGGAAGAGGUCACUGCCUUCUUCGUGGCCGACCUGGGUGCUGUAGUGCGAAAGCACUUCUGCUUUCUGAAGUGCCUGCCGCGAGUCCGACCCUUUUAUGCUGUCAAGUGCAACAACAGCCCGGGCGUGCUGAAGGUCCUGGCCGAGCUAGGACUGGGCUUCAGCUGUGCCAACAAGGCAGAGAUGGAAUUGGUCCAGCAUAUUGGUGUCCCCGCCAGUAAGAUCAUCUACGCCAACCCCUGUAAGCAAAUUGCACACAUCAAGUAUGCUGCCAAGCAUGGGGUCCGGCUGCUGAGCUUUGACAACGAGAUGGAGCUGGCAAAGGUGGUAAAAAGCCACCCCAGUGCCAAGAUGGUUCUGUGCAUUGCCACCGAUGACUCCCACUUCCGGAGCCGCCUGAGCCUCAAGUUCGGAAUGUCGCUGAAAUCCUGCAGACAACUGCUUGAAGAUGCCAAGAGGAACCACAUAGAGGUGGUGGGUGUGAGUUUUCACAUUGGCAGUGGCUGUCCUGACCCUCAGGCCUACGCUCAGUCCAUCGCAGACGCCCGGCUUGUGUUUGAAAUGGGUGCUGAGCUGCGCCACAGGAUGCACAUCCUGGACCUUGGCGGCGGCUUCCCUGGAGUGGAGGGGGCCAAAGUGAGAUUCGAAGAGAUUUCUUCUGUGGUCAACUCAGCCUUGGAUCUGUACUUCCCGGAGGGCUGUGGUGUGGACAUCCUUGCCAAGCUGGGGCGCUACUAUGUGACCUCGGCCUUCACCUUGGCAGUCAGCAUCAUCGCCAAGAAGGAGGUUCUUCUGGAACAGCCUGGCAGGGAGGAGGAAAAUGGUUCCACCCCCAAGACCAUCCUGUACCAACUCAGUGAGGGCCAGUAUGGAAUCUUCAACUCAGUCCUGUUUGACAACACCUGCCCUACCCCCAUCCUGCAGAAGAAACCAUCCAUGGAGCAGCCCCUGUACAGCAGCAGCCUAUGGGGCCCAGUGAUCCAUGGCUGUGACUGCAUAGCUGAGGGCCUGUGGCUGCCGCAACUACAUGUAGGGGACUGGCUGGUCUUUGAGAACAUGGGCGCCUACACCGUGGGCAUGGGUUCCCUCCUCGGGGGCGCCCAGACCUGCCGCAUCACCUAUGCCAUGUCCCGGGUGGCCUGGGAAGCCCUGCGAGGGCAGCUGCUGCCUGCACAACAGGACGAGGAUGCCGAGGGCACGUGCAAGCCUCUGUCCUGUGGCUGGGAGAUCACAGACACCUUGUGCAUGGGCCCUGUCUUCACCCCGGCGAGCAUCACAUGAGCGGGGCCCGUCCCCUCGCCCCCGGAGAACCCCAGCGGGGCCGCAGAGAUGCCUCUGGGAGUGGAGGGGAAGGUGGCGAUCAGGAGCACCCUCUGGCCAGGACUCCAGCACUCGCUCUGCCGGCCCCACACUCCCCCUGCAGUGUUUCUG